AUAGUAAAGUAUUUUCAUCAGAAAUGAAGAUUGGCGAACUGCGACCAGAACAGUCGGCGACGGUUGAAGCUUUAGUGCGUGAACUACAAAACUUGGAUAGCAGUGCAUUUCCUGCUUUGUACUCUUUGGCAGAAAAUGAACUCUUCCGUCUGCGUGGCGGCAUUGCGGACUCAUUUGACUUGGUCAGCAACAAACCUGUAAAAGUGAGGGCAAAAAUAGAAAUUCCUCAGGCACAAUAUCCUGCUAUUAAUUUCGUUGGGAAACUUCUUGGUCCGGGAGGUCAGACACUGAGAGCAGUGCAAGAAACCACCAAAACAAAAAUGGCGAUCUUAGGUGCUGGCAGUCUAAGAGAUGACGCUAAGGAAAAGCAGCUCCUUUCCAAUGGUGAUCCGAAAUAUCAGCACCUCAAGCAAAAGCUGCACCUUCAAGUUGAUAGUUUAGGUCCACCCUCGGAAUCAUGUUAUCGGUUAGCCCAUGCAUUAGCGGAAGUAAGGAAAAUCAUGCUACCAGUGAGUUGAUGUUUUCAAAGUUAUGUACGGUUAUAGGAGCAAACAGAACCCACAGCUCAACAGUGGGUCCAGCAAAAUCAGCCUUUGCCCGUGGCCGGAAGGAAUGUUUCCGUCAGAAAUAUCCGUCCCCCUUGCGCGGUCCGCCACCACCACCACUUCAAGCUCCCUUCGCUGCACCUCCAGUGCAGCUUCCUUUCCGUGGUCGAGGUAAGCCUUGGAUAGGCAGAGGUGUUGCCAAGAACGGUGUUGCUAUCCAACCACCAGUUCCUGUUGCUUCCGAGGUGUUUGCUAAUGAUGUGAAUACCGUUGCCUACCCUCCAAUAACUCUGUAUGAGCAGAAUGAGUUCAAUUCCCAUGUUUUUGAAGAUUUCGGAACGAACUAUGGACAAGACGACACUUGGGGAAAAGUCAGCAUCCCAGAACCUCGCGGACGAGGCCGAGGCCAUCCCUACGCGCGUCCAGGAAUCAAUAAUGAUCACAAUAAUUUCGGGUAAAUAACUAAUUUGACCAUGAGGCUCCGUCAUCAAAAAUAAUCAAUAAUGACAAUGAAGCCAGAGGUGCAUUUCAUGUUUGUCUUCGCCAAUCAAAUACCACUAAACUCGGUAAAAAAAAUUUGCUUAAAUUAUCUAACUGCUUGUCUGUAGUACUGUCUAAAUAUGUAAUGAUAAAAUUAAACUUGUUAAAUUCACUAAAUAAAUACCAUAAUACCUCUGUCAAUAUCCUAAUUAUGGAUACUUCGCCUUUUUACUUGAAAUAGGUUUGUUAGCUAACUUUAAUACUGUCAUGCGUGUGAUUAUAUCUUGCCUCAAUGAGUAGUAAAGUUAAUUGGAAUAAUACCCGUGGAAUUACAUGUUUUUAACUCAACUAAAUUUUGAGAUCGUCGUUUCCUUAUUUUAACAGGACCGGUAAAGUGCAGACUGUCAGUAUCUGGAAAUAUCCAUACAAUGCCAAUUUUAAUACAUAAAACUAAUUUCCCAUCCAUCUCCAACUUGUAAGGUUAAGUCGUAAUAUCUACUCUGCUGUAAAUAAGUAAAUUUUAUGUUUCACUGACUUUCAUAAAGUCUUGUUGCAUUUAUGCGUUUCUCGAUAGUUCAUGCGUCAGAGAUCCUCCGUAGAUUUUCUUGCUUGGGUCUCGGUAAUCUGGUUUAAUGUUGAUUAACAUGAAAGGCUUUGUAUACGCUGCUGAUUCAAACCCAAUUUCCUUCGCUUAAUCACAUCGCCAUGUAAAUGCAGUGCGGACAGUGGUUGCUGGAUUAUCAACCACUAUUCCGUUAGUUGUAUCACACUUCAAAGUACACAAAGUCCCCACUGGUACUACUGUGACUUGCGCAGUCAGUUAAUUAGUUUCAAAAGUUAGUUUUGUAAUGUACUAGCUGUUUCGUUAUAGUGCUAGCUAGUAUACAAAUGUUCCUAAACUACUUACAAGUAGUACUGAAUCGUCUAGUUUGUUUCAUAGUAUUUUUUAUUACAAACUCGGUUAAUGAUCAGAUUUUAGCACUCAUAUCAAGAAUAACUAACUCGUAAAAUGAACCCUCAAAUUCCAUUCUGGGUGGUUUUAUCAGGUCUUAUUGGUAGCUCAGUAUUAAAGAAUGUCAAGUGACGUUUGUUCAUGUUUGCAUAAUUAUUCCUACGGAGGUCCAGUUUCUUCACCGAUUGACCUAAUUUCAGUUCAGGUAGGGCAUUCCAAUUAUUUACCACUCGGUGGAAAAUACAGGUUCCCACUCUGCGUUCGGUCGCGGUUGUUACACAUUUUGACCUCGAUGAUUCGUCCUAGAAAGAAUAAAAGAUGUUAACCUUCAGAUCAUUAUUAAAGAUACAUAUUGUCUAAACCUUACGUUUUGCGAUUAAAAAAUAAGGUAGUUUUAGUCGCUCGUUAUGGUAGUUUGAAAAAUCAGUUACCACAUUCAUGCCCACCUAUUGAAUACACUUAAAUGUCAGCAUCCGUAAUAGGAUAUGGGCUAGCUGCUUCAGUGCAGUAGUCUAAGUGUUCUCACAUAAAUGGAACGAAAUAUUUGGAAGUACUGGACUAAUCGUAGCACGCAAAAACUACUAGCUACUUCAUCGUAGUGUGCAACUGUUUCGUAAUCAUGAUAUACAAUUGCUCGUAGGCUUUUUGCUGUUGCGAUUGUAAGUUAUAUCAAAUCUUUGGGCCCCGAGUUUAUAAUAAACUCAUAAUCUAUCUAAAUCUGAUAGACGAUCAGGGUAAUUAUCAUCAUUGUUCAUUAGUCUGUAAAUCUUUAUAUAUUCAACAAAGGCGCGAUGGCUUAAUCAGUUUUCGUAGUUCAUUGACAGUGGAAAUAAUUGGGUACCUUAAGUAUUACCUUGAAGCACGUUUUUCCAUUCAGAUACUGUUCCAUUUACUCUCAAUCUUUUAUGAAAAGGAAGUUUCUUAUCCCAUCUUUUGCUGUACAUGUUAUUCUGAAGUUGGUAAGCUUCUGUACACGUCGGAUGGUUUGGCAAGAUCUAGGAAUAUUGGGUCCACAGGCACAGUGAGCUGUUCAGUCCUCUCAGUGAUCAGGUUAGUCAAGUGGGUCUAAAUUACGAAUUCCUUGUUAAUCUGGUGUUAAAACUUAAUGAUUCUACGUAUAUGAGCAAAUUAUUCCUGAGUAUUUUUUUGUAGUACCAACCACUGCCAGUUAGACUGGCAAUUUUGUAGUUAGUCGUUAGUUCCAUGCUUAUUAGUCCAUCUAGCUUCAACACUCACAAUCACUCGGAAAUUGAGUUCAGAAGAGCAACGUAUUGGUUAGUUCUGCCAGUGGUCGAGAGGAAUAUGGCAAUGUGGGUGUAUUCAACCACGACCCGGCGAUUUACUAGAUUUUAGACCAUUGAAUCGAUCUUGGGUAACCAAAAUAUUUGGAUGGAAAGAAAUGGGUUCGUUGAACAUCAUAUAUAUUAAGUCUAAAGUACAAUAUAGUACGAAUAAUGACCCUACCAGUACAGAAAUAUAUACCGUGAUUCUAAAUGUAGAGUCCACAGACGUCGUGACCCGUGGAAUCGCUCGCGUUAGGUCUCAUACCUAUCAUUGAAAAAUAACUUGGAAGUAUAGGCUUCCAGGGCAUAACUACUUGAAAACCUUGGUUUUUCAAGAUUUUUCCCCACCAAACUGAAGUCUAACUGAAUGAAGGCCCCUUUUUUGUACAUACAUCAAGCAGCAGGUUUAGGUGGAUAUACGAGUUCUAGUCAUGAACAUUGUGUACACUAUUUAGUAGUAUACCUGUUCUUCGUGCUACUCAACAGUUCCUGAAAUCUCGAUGGAGUUUUACCAACUGGCUUGCCAAACUUGAUUCAUUUAACACUGCUUCCAGUACAUACUGGAUAGCAGAUUCACGAGCAUGAUGUUUUGUCGACUAUAAAUGCUGCUACUUUUUGAGUCCCAUAUAAUCAGACUAGUAGAAGACUAAACAUCCAUGUAGUUAGUAUUUACGUUCUUCUGAUUUGACUUUAUUGGACUAUUGCUCUCAGUUACUGGGGCAUGCUAUAUCGCUUUCUUAAGAUCACCCAUUCCAAUAGUGAAUGUUCUGUGUCUUAUUUAAGACAUCUGGUUUCUAGACAAUCAACUUUUUCCUACAGUAAUAUUUCAAGAUGUGCUUUUGGGAGUGUUUAUAUCUCAACGACUGUCAUCGACUUUCUACUUUUACGUUUAAUUUUUGUCUAAACAGCUGAUUUUCUUCCUGGUACUCUGAUGACAUACUUGGUUACUGUGGACGUAAUUGAGAUUAGUUCAGUGAUGUAAACAUCAAUUUGUGUGUCAACAAGACUUGUCAUCACAUUUUUCCUGUUAUCAUUCGCAAUAUGCUUCCGAGCGACAGUUACUGAAUACUAAAACAAAGAACUUGCCAAAUCUUCGUACACAGAAGGUGUACAUACGAAGACCUCUUGCCCCUUUUAGUGCUAAAUACGACUCAGUUGAAACAAAAACGAUUGACACUGAUUUGUUAGAACAUCCAAAACUAAGAGAUUUACUCAACGAUUAAAAUACCAUUGUUUUUGAAUGCCAUACGCUUAAGUCCUGUUCAUCAAUUCAAUCCACUUGCAGUGUUCAUUAGCGUAGUUAAUGCAGUUUUUCUACUGCUAGUAAUUACCUCUUACUCAAGCGCCAUAUAUAAAAAUCUAGAAAGCAAACCAAGAGUUCAAGAAAACUAGGAUUUCCACUCUGACUCUCACGUUUUUUGUUAGUCUGACAUUGAGAAAUUAUUUGGAAGUCUACCGGCAUUUUACGUUUGUCCACCAUAAUUUCACUAUCUGAUGUAUUAAUAUUUACUUAGUGAUAAAUAUUCAAAAUGCUGCUCCUUUGCCCUGCUUGUUAAUCUCCCAUCUAUUUUGGUUUGCUCAAGCAGGUUGUAUCACUAGUGUCUCGAAGACAGGUACACAAAUAUGUAACUGUGAGUGUACUCUUAAAGUAAGGUAGCAAUUAGUUUGAUGACCAACAUUUACUUACGGACUUCAGAUCUGUCAAGUCUGUCUUGUUUAUACUUUUCACCUUCACAAAUGGCCUUGGUUGUCAACCAGCGCAUAAGCACAGCUUGUAAAUUCCAAUAAGAUUUUACCUCUAACCCAGAUAUUUACAUAAACAAACCCUCGUCAAAGCUUUUUGUAGGUGGUUAAGUUCUUUUUCGUGAUUGAUACAAAAUUCAUUUGGAAGGAAGUAUUUUAAGAUUUAAGCUCAGUUUCAAACUAAACAUAUACUUCCUAUCUGCUGGACAAAAAGGUCCAAAAUAAAGUUUCUUAAUGGUUUUUUUCCUAGUCUUUGUCUGUACACCUGCAAAAUCAUUCUUUAAGUCUUCUACGAUUUUGUCGCACUAGUUUACUAAAUUCGCCAUAAUCUGUCCGUAGCGUAAGCUGACACAAAAGGCCAGAUAAUUACUGUCGAAAUGUUGCUAAUUGAAAUGUACAGAGCAAUAUGAUGAAAUUUGAUUUUUCAUUCAUUUGGCUACCCAGAAGUCCAUACUACCCAACUUAACAUCCAGUCUCAAAUCAAUUAUAUUAGCAUUUUCUUGCACUUCAUUUCUCGUUCAAGGCUCGUAACAGUAACAAUUUAAAAUAAGUGGUAGUCAGUAUCAUAAUAUACGUUAAGCUUUAGCUGGAUGUCACGUGCUUGAAUAUUCAUCUAUUUAGAUUCAUAACUGCGACUAAGAUAGCUUAGUAUCUAUGUUUUAGAAGCGAUCUCAUCUUUUCUUUACAAUGGUUGGAGUGCAUUCAUGGUAUUGCAUCUCUAAUUUCGUGAAAUCCACAAUUUGUAGAGUGAGACGGACAAAUUCUUAGACUUACACGAUAAAUUUUAUUCCCGUAUUUAAUUAACGUACGGUUUGUGUCCUAAUAAAAUUAUCACAAUUUCCAGGGAAAAAACGACGAUAGAGUUGUUAGUUUAAGCAUUCUUGAUACAUAUCACUCCAUUUUAAAGAACACUUUCUAAUUAACAUUAGUAGAUUAUUAUUAGUAAUUUUACAAAACCGUUCUCGAUUGAUAAUGCAAAAUAACCUCAUGAAAAAGUGACUCUACUUGUGCUUCUGUUAAGUUUAGGUGAGUGCACACAAAACUGAACGUAGCUAAAAUUUCCUUGUAAACACUACUAGUUAAGAAAUUAUGACAAACAACUCAGUUCCCUGUUCUAGUUGAUAACUUCGUACCAACCCAUUACUUUUACCCAAUGACUAAAAAAUUACUUUCUAUAAGGGAUUGCUAUAGGUUUUCUUCUCCAUAACUGCGUAGCGUAAUUUCUUUAACUAUAUAUGCCACCAUUUCAGCUGCGUUCUGCAACGUGUUCGUGGGUCUGCAUAUAUAAGUUAGCUCAGAGAAGACUGUCAUAUUCAUAAUUAUUCGAUAUCAGUCUUAUGUUUCUUUCGUUAUUGUUUUAGUUUAAUAACAUCAUCAAUGGUCUGAUAUAGUAAAAUCCGAUUUUUCUCAGUAAAAACCUUCAUGGACGCGAUAAUUAUGCAUAGUUCUUCGAGAUCUACAGUGAUAUCACAGAAAUCCCACACUUAUAUUUUACACAUACCCCAAGUUUGUGUUUAGAUAUAUUACUAUGGGGAUCUGUUCAGUGAGUGUUUGUAGCGAUUAGUUUUUUCAUGAUGAGAUGACCUGUGGUUGCAAUCAAAGCAAAUGUUCUUUGUAGAAAAAGUAUUUUAGCUAUGUAUCAUGUAAGACUUCAUACUGGAUUUGAUUCCAAAUAUCAUCAAACUACGCUUGACGUGGUCUCAGUCAUUCAUUUGAACAAACUUGGGUUUACUUUCGUUUGGAAGUUUAAUUUCUGAAGAUCGAAGGUGCUGCUUUGUCUGUACCACCUGAAAAUACUAUCAAUUCAUUAGAUGAAGAAAAACUUAACUUUAGCAAAGGUAACUCGGGCUUUACUGAAUGUGCACAUACCAUUCACAUUUAUUGACAACUUAAUCUAAAGUGUUCUUGAAUUGUCAACGUUUAACUGGAUUAGUUUUGGCGUGACCGAGUCCAAUACCUAGCUAUAUAGCACAAAAAUGUAUCAAUCAGUCAAAAUGUAAGAACUGACACUAAUACCCAACAGCUUCAGUUGUUAAUUCAUGUAAACACAACAAGAAAAAGAAACUGAGAGUUAAAAUACUAUGCAAAAAUUUAACUUAAGAAUGCUGAAAAUAAAUUAUUUGACAGAUCUGAAGUGUUAUUUAUUUACAGAAAGAUCUGGAGUGAAUACGUUCGCUCCGGUUUUCAAUCAUAUAAUUUAAUAUUUCAAACCAUGUGAAUUGUUUAACUUUCCUUUAGUUAGCUAUUGUAAAUUAUUAUUAUCCAAGAGUAGGAGGACUCGAGAAGUACUAUGCUUCUUACUAUUUCGUAUCCUGCUAAGCAAUCGGCCUUAUGUCCAACGUCAGUGCACUUCGGUGCUGUCGGGGAAGUUGUUCAAACUUGCGUAUUUGUCAGAAAGUACUUUUGCAAAACGAUGAGAUCGAGUUUUUAAAGUAGCAGGUAAUCACACCGUAACAAUCUUAGUGAAUCAGAUGUUGGUCUGAGUUUAAAUGAAUAAAUAAUAAAAUAAUUUCAUUAAAUUAGCUUGUAUUUUCAUCUGGUGAGAUUGCAGUAAUCAGUUACACACUUGAGUUUGCCGAAUCUGAAUAUACGAGAAAAUAACCAGAAUAAUGCUUACAAAUUUGUUUGAUCCUUGUCGCCGUUGGGAAUGCUGAAUGUCUUCAAAUGUCCAAGCACCCAGUAAGAAACAAUUCGUUGCAUUUUUAUAUUUGUUACCAUAUGACCAAAAUAUUUUCCAAGAAAAUGUCUCCUAUCAUCCGCAUUUACAAACAAUUGAUUUACACAACUCUUCUUUAGUUUAUAUGUCGGUAUUUUUCCAACCCCUUUGUUCAUUUAAAUUGUAAAUCCGAAAACUGAAUAUGUUUUUCUCAUUCCAGCAUUGUUUGGGAGUUACUGCCUAUAUUGAGUCUGAAUCAGUAAAUGCUCAAUUUCUUUUUUGACUAGCAUCGAUUGUCCAAGAGUUAAAUGUUACCUUGUUCUCACCAACACAUUUUAUUAUUUCAAAUUACCUUUUAACUUUCUCCACUCAAUGUGUUUUGUUUUUCCUCUUUGUAUAGAUUUAUUAUAGUCUAUCUGUAUCAAUUACAACUGAUUUAUUUGCUUCAUAAGAUAAAAUACAAUAAAAUAAUGUGGUUUCUAACCAAAAAUUGUUCAUUUAUCAAUAGAGUCAACCCGUUUAUUUUCAGAAUUUCACCUUUUUUAUUUUGAGUUCUUUUAUCGUCAUGUAGAGUAUGUGGUCUGCUGUUUGCCAUGAACUACUGUUCUAGUCACAUGUAGUUGAUAUAAGUCAUAUUACAAAUAAUUGUAUAUUUUUGUAGUAUCGCGUUACGUAACAGGGCUUUUUAUUAAAGUUUUAAAUAUCUGUUUGGACAACCUUUUCAUUUCUGACUCCGUUUGCUUUAACCUGAUAGUAUUAUUUUAAUGCAGUAAUCUAAAGUAACUUUUGUGGUCAACGUCAAGUCACAUCUGUUGUGCGAGAGCUAGAAGUACUGACUGUCUCUCUGAAAAAACAAAUUAGAAUUUGAGUAUGGUCCCAUAAUUUGGUGACUAGAUAUGUAAAGACAGUCCUACUGUUUACCAGUCAGGAGUUUGUCUCCGUCGUUUGAAGAGAAAAAUAACCAGCAUUCUCAAACAUGUAAAUUUGCAACCUGUUUUCAGCGAUAUUAGAUUAUUUGGUAGAUGAUUACUUAUUCCAACGAACCAUCUUAAUUUUUCUAAAUAUUCAUAACACUUUUGACUUUGUUCCAUAAGGUGCCUUUCUAUAGUUCGACUACUCUAAAUUUGUGGUAAUGUCAAUGGCAUGGAAUUCAUUAGUUCAAUCAUCAGGAUUUUUGUCUAAAUACCAUCCUGUGAGUACCAUUCCGGGAUCGCAGAUUAAUAUCACUCUCAGUUUACAAGUCAGGCAUCAAUGUUAAUAUACUAACAUUGUUGGAUGUUUAGAAAAUGUAAGGACUCAGGAAAUUAACAAUUGCUAAUCGUUUAAUCUUUUUUCUUCACUAUCGCACACUAUAAUUCAUAUAUUACCGGGAACAGCAUCGAAAUGCAGUACUCUGCAAUAGAUUUCUCACAUACAGGCCGUCGUGAGUUUUCAUGGUAAAACGGACUUCGGAGUUGACUUGGUAUGCAAAUAACUUAAGUCACUUCCUGACCUAAAAAUUUGUGUACUAAUAAAUUAAAAAGAAUGUCUUAUGACAUCAUUUCUUAAAAGACGGUCGACAUUCUCGUAAUUUCCCUGGGAAACAAUAAAGGUAGUUAAACAACGACGGUAAAAUUUGAUUAUUACUUUUCCCUUAUAUGAUGGAUAUACUUCUGAAAUAACUACCGAAUAACCAUUUUUACCUCUUAGGUACACACCAGAUCUGCACUUCAAAUGUGCAUGUUAAAUAGAAUCAUUUUAUUCUUGUUUACACCCAGCGGGCUAAUUUUAAUUUCUGGUAAAAUAACCUCUAAUUCUUGUCGUCUGCAUUAAAGACGACAUAAGGGUUGUCACUAAGCCCUACUACAUUACUACUCAGGCAGUUUACAACUGUUGCCUACCAUCAGAAGAGUCUUACCUUUGAUUAUCUGGCCACUAAAAAUACUGUAGAUAGACGUAAAUUGAACUAUAAUUCUCCUUUGUUUGAUUUAAAAAUAGUCCUAAAAUAGAACUACAGAUCUUGAUAAAGGAUUCACCUCUCUAUUCUUAUUAGAUGAUUAAGGUAGAGAAAUAUUUUUACUUUUCAGUUAAAUUGAUCAUCCGUAUUUGGUACCCCUUUGUACCAAUCUUUAUGUGUGAAAAUAAAUUGAGCUGCUGUUUCAACGACGCAGUGAUACUGUUACUAUCUAAAUAGUGAUGUGCUCGUUGAGGAACUAGACUGUCGUCUAUACCUAACGUGUUGCAGCUGAUAUAUACCACGUAAAAAUACGAGACUUUUGUCGGUCCGGGCUUAAACUAAUUAAGUAAUGGCUAUAUGAUGAUUUUGACAUCAGUUCUCCACGAA